UCUCCUCUUCCUCUGCAGAAAUGGAGUAGCUAGUUCUUCCUGCCACUUCUUGGUUUCUCUCUUUUCUUUGUGCACAAACUCUUGUAGACUUGUAUACAAUCUCGAGCUCUCAACUCAAUCUCACUCGCCGCGCUGUUCUUGUUAUCUGAAUCCAUCCGUAUCGUAGAAUCACCGGUGCCUCUGUUCUAUCUCUUGUUCAUGUCCUGGUUGGUGGUUCUUGCCUGACAGCAAUCGUAGAAAAGCUCAGCUAGUCUCUGAAAGAUCUCUUGCUGCAAACUGAAGCCUCUUUAAUCCCGGAGAAGUUGAUGUGCUGCCAGAUUCUUGCAUGAUAUCAUAACAGUCAUCAACUUAUCAUCACCGCCUCAUCCUCUGUUUGGUUUGCCCGUUUCGUCACCCUCCCGUGUCCUGGAUGGGAAGGCCUAGAGGUGGCAAAGGCAGGAAAUCCAUGGAAGCUACGAAAGCCGAGGAUGGCAGCAGCGGAGGCGAGGAGGAGGUGAUCCCGGCCUACAAGAGGAGGGGAAGGCCACAGAAGCACCAUCUCAAGGACGAUCACGUCGGCGACGAGGAAGACGACGACGACGGCAUCAGCAAGACCGAGGAGGAUGACGACGACGGCGCCGACGACAAGAUGGACGGCGCCGCCGCAGCGAAAACGACUGCGCCAGCGCCGCCACCUAGCAAGGCGGCGUCGUCGUCCAAGGCGGCCGCAGCGGCUCACAACCCGGGGAGGAAGAGGCGGCGGCAGCUGAAGCGCGGCUCCGACUCCACCGCGGCGGGGCGGCAGGGGAAGGACGAGCCGUCGUCGCGGCAGAACGGAUUCCGGCAACACGGCAGCCGGCGGAAGAACUCCACGCCGCGGAGAGCCGCCGAGGCCGGAGUGGAGUGCAAGUGACACAGUGAGAUUCUGCCGGUUUCGCUUCGGUUUCUGAUCGUGAUUACCAUUUCUUGCAUAGAUGAAGCACCCAAAGGAGUUUAGUUGUCCAUGGUGACAUCUCUCCAUUAGCACCAACAUGGCUACAUGGGCUUGUGAGAGUGUGCUAAUGAUAAGCUGCCUAAUGGCAGUAGGUAGUUGUUAUAUAGUACUAGUAUAGCACCUAGUUUUGUUUAGCCUAAAAUGCAGAAGCUAGUCCUAGUGUCUAGAUUUUUGACAGUAUGAAUUAAAAACACUUAAUGUUGGAUAAUACUAUAUUAAGUGGUAAGUACUGGUGUAUCUGUUAAUUUUGUGAGGGGACUUUAAUAAC